GGUAGGCCCAAAUUUACUACGAUCAGUGUAUGGUUUAAUGUAUCAUCGUACCUGUCAUAUUAAAACACACCCAAUAUUUUCUCCGGCCAUUAAACACACCUAAUAUUUUCUCUGGGCAUGGAGAACAAGACAAUCGAGACCACACCACUCGCGCAACUCAAGUCAAGGAAUUCCCUCAUUCGUCAUUCAAGAAGUAAUAAUUUCAGGCACGUCCUUAUUUAUAUCGGACAGUCUCCACCUCAGUCUCCUCGUUAAUCCUCUCCACAUCCACAUACCGCAUAUCUUCUGUCGAGUGUUAUCUCAGAAUCAUUUCCAUGUCCAAAGAAUUUGUUCAAGCCUCGUCCAUGGCACCUCCACAUUUCCUCCUCGUGACCUUCCCCAGUCAGGGCCACAUAAACCCUUCCCUCCAAUUCGCCAAGCGUCUCGUUCGUGUCGGCGCUCACGUGACCUUUGCCACUGCCAUUCAUGCCCACCACCGCAUGGCCGAAUCGAAAUCUCCCCCUGAGGGGCUAUCCUUCGCCAGCUUCUCCGAUGGCUAUGACGACGGUAUCGACUGGGAAGAUCUCGAUGGAUACAUGGACGAGCUCAAGCGACAAGGAUCGGAGACUUUAAGCAACCUCAUCGCCUCAAACCUUGAGAACGGUCGGCGAUUCUUGGGUGUAUUCUACACCACCCUCCUUCCGUGGGUUGCCGACGUCGCUCGUUCUCAUGGCAUUCCUUCGACACUUGUUUGGAUUCAACCGGCCACUGUUCUGGACUUCUACUAUUAUUACUUCCAUGGCUACGGCGAUCUUAUUCAAAGCACGAGCGACAAUCCUUCAGUGCCGAUCCAAUUGCCUGGGUUGCCGCCUCUCAUGGCCUGCGACAUACCCUCAUUUUGCAAUAGUAAAAAUGUGUACAACUUCAGCCUCCCGUUUUUGCAACGGCAUUUCGAGAUACUCCUUGAAGAGGCCAAGCCAAGGAUUCUGACAAACACCUUCGAUGCGUUGGAACCGGAUGCCAUACGGGCUAUCGAUAAGUUUGAGGUGAUUGGGAUCGGGCCGCUGAUACCGUCCGCGUUUUUGGACGGGCAAGAUCCAUCAGACACUUCCUUCGGAGGUGAUCUCUUCAAGAGCUCGAGCGGCUACAUGGAGUGGCUGGACACGAAGCCAAAAGCGUCGGUGAUCUACCUGUCGUUUGGGAGCAUCUCCGUGCUAUCAAAGCCGCAGAAGGAGGAAAUGGCAAGGGCGCUCGUAGAGGUCGGCCGGCCGUUCUUGUGGGUCAUUCGGGAAAGCGGGAAAGAAGAGAGAGACGAAGAUAGAUUGAGCUUCCAAGAAGAACUAGAUAAGCUAGGGAUGAUAGUGCUGUGGUGCUCGCAAGUGGAGGUCCUAUCGCACCCUUCAGUGGGGUGCUUCGUGACGCACUGCGGGUGGAACUCCACGUCAGAGAGCUUGGUCUGCGGGGUGCCCAUGGUGGCGUUCCCGCAGUGGAGCGAUCAGCUAACAAACGCGAAGCUCGUGGCGGACGUGUGGAGGACCGGGGUGAAGAUGACGCCCAACGAGCUAGGCCUGGUGGAGAGCGGCGAGAUGAAGAGGUGCUUGGAGCUGGUGGUGGGAGAUGGAGAGGAGGGGGAGGAGAUGAGAAGGAAUGCCCGGAAAUUUAGGGAUCUGGCGAGGGAGGCUGUGAAGGAAGGGGGAUCUUCGGACAAGAACCUCAGGGCCUUCGUGGACGAGGCCAGAGAAGCGGCUGAGUGAGUGAAUCGUCUGUGGUGUCACUGUCACCGGUUAACGUGGUGCUUUCAUGUCGUUUCUUUGGGGACUUUCACUAAAUAUAUAUUAUGGCUUUUAUGUAAUCCUUCGUUUGGGCAUAAAGUCUAGGCGUUAUUUUCUCUGUUUUCUUUUUUUUCCCCUUCUGUAUUGUAUGGUGUUCGUGAGAAACAUCAGCAUGUUAAAAAGCGUCGCACCGUAUUCCUUCUAUUUCAGCCCGUCAUAUAUGACGCUUCCGUUGCUAA